AGUUAAUGGUGGUGUUACUGGUGGUGGUUACUGGUUGUGGUUACUGGUAGUUACUGGUGGUAGUUACUGGUGAUUGUUACUAGUGGAGGUUAUACUAACACCUUGUUCUCUUACAGUGGUUGGAGCAUCUGGAGAAGAAUGGAGUACUGGUGGUGGUUACUGAUGAUUGUUAUUGGUAGUUGUUACUGGUAAUUGUUACUAGUGAGGGUUGUACUAACACCUUGUUCUCUUACAGUGGUUGGAGCAACUAGAGAAGAAUGAAGUACUUGUGAUUGGUACUGGUGAAGGUUGUACUAACAUUCUUGUUCUCUUACAGUGGUUAGAGCAACUGGAGAAGAAUGAAGUACUGGUGAUGGUGGCACAGAUCUUCCUGGAUCUAAUUCUUCAUGCUAGGCUGCCAUUAUCUUUGGUCAAUCUCAUCAUCAUGGAUGAGUGUCAUCAUGCCUCCGGGUCUCACCCCAUGAGAGAGAUAAUGAGACAAUACGAGUCUCUGAAAAAAUCUUUCCCUCAGAAGUGUCCCAGAGUUCUGGGACUGACGGCUUGCGUCAUUCAUCGUAAGUGUAAAAAGAAAGACGUAAUGGACACCAUGAAGAAACUGGAAUCGGCAAUGGAUUGUGUGUUGGUAACGACCACAGAUCAAGAAGUUACAAAGUACAGUGCUAGCCCCAAGGAGAAAAUAAUUUGCUAUAAAUCUGACACUUUCUCUGAAUACCAAGAAAUAAUCAGUGCUCAGUUACAAGGAAUAAUAGAAGAUGUAAAAGAUGAUCCAGAUAUUGAAGACAAGUACAAGAAAGUAUUUAUUAAGAAAAUGAGAAACAUAAGUCACAUCAUGGAGACGCUGGGAGACUGGUGUGUAGCUCGGGCCAUCAUGUAUGAGAUGGAAUACUUUGACGAUGUGGAGAGGAUUGAGGAUGUGCCGGCCCUUCGUCAGUUGAUGGCCUCACUCAGGGGUAGAUUGCAAGAAAUACUGGAUUAUUGUGGAAGAGAAGAAGCCACAAUGAGCCCUAUUGAGAAUGUUUCCAACAAGGUCAAGAGGCUAUACGAUAUAUUUCAUGCAUGUAAUAAGGUGGUGUAUGGAUUGAUCUUUGUUGAGAGAAGAAACACUGCAAAGAUUCUCUAUGAUUUACUGUCGGCAGCUGCUAAUGAAAGUGACAAUCUUGCCUUUGUUAAGCCCCUGUAUGCCGUGGGUUCUAUGUCCCGCUGCAGCACUGAUAUUCAUUUGGCUCAGCUGGAACUUUGCAGGCAGAAGGAAACCUUAAAUAAGUUUCGUAAUGGUGAUUGCAAUUUUCUGGUUUCAACCAGUGUUUUAGAAGAAGGUGUGGAUAUCAGAAAGUGCAAUAUAGUCAUACGAUUUGAUAAGCCACAGAACUACCGUGCCUACCUGCAGUCUAGAGGACGAGCUCGUGCACACCCCUCCAGGUACUUACUCAUGGUAAAAGUUGCUGAAUUGCAGGAGAUGCUUGAAACACUGGAAGUGUAUAGAGAAAUUGAAGCCUCUUUCACGCAAUUAUGUCACAAUCGUCAGUUACCUACAAGGAUAGAGAGCAGCUUGCACUUUGCUGAAGAUGAAUAUAUUGCUCCUUAUCAGCCUUAUGGAAUUAAUGGACCCAAAAUUACUGGUAAUUCUGCCAUAGCACUUAUUAAUUUGUAUUGUGGUAAUCUUCCUCAGGACAAGUUUACAGUACUGGCACCAGAAGUUGUCUAUGAGAAGAGUGACCAAGGAUGUGUGGCUGAGAUAAAGUUGCCUAUUAAUGCUUGCCUUAAAACAAAGGUGCGUGGAGAUUGUAUGGAAAACAAAGAGCUUGCCAAGAAAAGCGCUGCACUCAAUCUUUGUAAGAAGUUGCAUGCAAUGGGAGAGUUAAAUCAUGACUUGAGGCCUGCUGAGAUAUCAGAUGAUAGUAUAUUGGAAGGUCUGGUGGAAGUUGUGCCAGAAAUGCCCAUCAAGGCCGGGGAACCCGAGCCUGGCACGAGGAAGCGACGGCAACUUUAUGAGAGAGAAGUGUGCCAGGCUUUUACCUAUUACCAUGGAUUGUUUAAGCUGUAUUCUAUUAUCAUUCAACCUACAGGCACACAGCAUACUAGUUUGCUUGUAGAUUCUACCAAGAGUGAUAUGUCAGUUGGAUUGAUUUGUAAAAGAAGCUUAUUACAUUGUCCAUUUGCACUCUACUACACCAAGUGGGGUGAAGUGGAAGUUAGAGUGAAAUUUAUUAAGGAGAUUAUGAACUUAAAUCCUGAGUUGAUGAGAAAAAUUGAACAUUUCCACAAAUUCAUCUUUGAAACCUUGUUGGACAUCAAUUCAGUGCUUUUUGAUUUUAGUUCUAGAAAUACUGGUGUAUAUAUUGUACCUCUAGCACAAGCAAGCACCAUUGACUUAACUUUACUAACUCAGAUAUACAUGUUGCCACAUCUUAGAGUGCCCAUUGUAUACAGAUCAGCAGAAAGCUUCCACUUUGAGAAGUCUUCUUACGAGGAUGCCAUAAUAUAUCCUCUGUAUACAACAGAAGAACCUGUCCACAUGUUCUAUGUUACAGAAAUAUUAACUAACUUGAGUCCACAAUCAGAGUUUCCUGAUUCUAAGCAUGUGUACUCUAGUUAUUGCCACUAUUACCUCCAGAAAUAUGGUAAGAGUAUCACUAACAUGCAGCAACCUUUAAUAUCAGCAAAGCACUUACCAAAAGAACUCAACUACUUGAAGAUGCCAGCGAUGUCAGCGAUGUCUUGUAAGAGUAGCAACAAAGCUAAGCAUCAUCCUCCCAUCUUUGUGCCGGAGCUGUGUGGUGUGCUGCCUCUCAAGGCCUCUCUCUGGUGGCAGAUCAUGUGCAUACCUUCCAUUAUUCAUCGCCUCAAUAGUUUAAACUUGGCUCACCAACUCAAUGUAGCCAUGAAUGAUUCAAAAUUGAUCUCCAAAGAUGUAGAGUAUGAAAAAAUAAAUUUUAACUGGCCAGAAGAGAUAAUUACAAGAAUAAAUAAUUCUGGUGAGGAGAAUUUAUGUGCAUCAUUAAUGAAAAGUAAGAGUGAAUAUAUCCAUCCAUUUGUGAUAGUUCAUGCCCUCACACUGUGUGCUGCUCAUGAGAACUUUGAUCUGGAAAGAUUGGAAAUUCUUGGAGAUUCUUUCCUCAAGUUUAUUAUUACAGAAUAUUUAUUUUUGAAGGAGACUGAGAGUCAUGAAGGUAGACUCUCACUGCGUCGUGGAAAACUUGUCUGCAACAGAACUCUCUCUUCCCUGGCAAAGUGCAAAUCAAUACCAAACAAGAUGCAGUCAUUUUACCUGGAACCACCUCUGAAUGGUUUACUGCUGGGCUUUACCAUCAAACCUGAAGUUAGUAACAAACUGAGAAGCUGCAACCUUUCACAUGAUAAAUGGCCAAGUCUACCUAAGUCUUCUCGACUGGAGAACUUACAAGAGGUGGUUAAGAAUAUAGGAGGAGAGAGAGAGAAGACCAGCAGAGCAAGGAAGAGAGCAGCUAACUGUUACAACCCAUGGAGUGAACAUGAUCUCUCAGAUAAGAACAUAGCUGACAGCACUGAGGCUCUCAUUGGUGCCUACCUGCUAGCUGCUGGUGCUGACACUGCUGUCAACUUUAUGCACAACCUUGGUCUUGGUGUAUAUAAUGUGGUUAAGAAUAUAGGAGGAGAGAGAGAGAAGGCCAGCAGAGGAAAGAAGAGAGCAGCUAGCUGUUACAACCCCUGGAGUGAACAUGAUCUCUCAGAUAAGAACAUAGCUGACAGCACUGAGGCUCUCAUUGGUGCCUACCUGCUAGCUGCUGGUGCUGACACUGCUGUCAACUUUAUGCACAACCUUGGUCUUGGUGUAUAUAAUGUGAGUACUGUGCACCAUGUAUGCUAG